AUGCUUGUCUCCUUCAUUCCUCGCCAAGUGCGCUUCUUAAUUGCAGCAAAGUCUCUAAAGAGACGGGUUGUAGGGUGUCUUGCGAGGUUAGCUGCAUGCAUCAGCGUGCGAAGAGGAGAAGAUGAAAGUAAGAAAGGGUCAGGAAAAAUACAAAUAUCUUCAAGACCUGCACACAAACAGCAGCAGCAGCAGCAGCAGCAACAGCAGCAGCAGCAGCAGCAGCAGGACAAGCAGCAAAAAGAACAAGACCUAGAUGAAGGAACUGAAGAUGGGCAUAAAAAUGAAACAACCAACGACAGCAGCAGCAGCAGCAACACCAGCAGCAGCAGCAACAACAGCAGCAACAACAACACCACCAACAACACUACCACUACCACUAGCAGCAGCAGCAGCAGCAGCAACAACAGCAGCAGCAACACCACCAGCAACAACACUACCACUACCACUAGCAGCAGCAGCAGCAGCAGCAGCAGCAGCGGUGGUGGUGGUUGGUUGAAUGUAGUUGUGCGUGGGAUCGGAUCCCGUUUUAAAAGCGAAGUAGCAGCAGGCGAUACUCUGCUGACAGCACAGGGGGCCCUUCAUGUUAAAGCAGUUAAUACAGAUACUGAGAUUGUUGCUGUAGCGGAUCCUCAGCCUGUCUCUUCCUUCGCGCUGCGCCGCUCUCAGACUAUUCCACCAGAAGCAGCAGCUACACCCGCUGCUGCUGCUGCUGCUGCUGCUGCUGCUGCUGCUUCGGCGGGGCCCGUUACACCAGCGCAGCACACGUGGACGCGGUGGUCUCAUACAGAGCACGAAGAAGCAAAAACACAGAGAGAAGAUGAACGCAUGCACCUGCUGCAGCAGCAGCAGCAGCAGCCGCAAGGGGAACAGCAGCAGCAGCAGCAGCAGCAGCAGCAGCAUGAUCAGGAGGAGGAAGAGACAAGAAGCAUCUCUUUCUCGUCUAUUGAAAGAGAUUUCGCAGGGUCUCUAAGGCGUGACUCUCUUUCGGGGGAUGUUGCUGCUGCUUCUGCUGCUGCUGACGCAGCAGAUGCAGCAGCAGCAGCGGAUCUUGCAGCAGAAGCUGCUGCACGUGUUGCGGCUUCUCUAGCAGCAGACGCUGCAGCAGCAGCGGCUGAAGCUUCUGCUGCAGCCGAUGCAGCUGCAGAGGCAGAGUUUGCUGCUGCUGCUGCUGCGCAGGCAGCCCUUAACUCAGGCGGGAGGACAAAGGAGCAGCAGCAGCAGCAGCAGCAGCAGCUGGAGACAUUGGAUCAGGAGACAGGCCUGAGGAAGCGUCUUUCUCAUCGCGUUUUGAGGGAAGCAGGGGCUAAUGAAGCAGCAGCAGCACAAUCAGCUGCAGCAGCAGCUGCAGCAGCAGCAGCAGCAAGAGCAGCAGCAAGACCUUCUCAUGGAUUCGCUGGAGGCGCUGCUGUAAGGUCUGGUUCUGCUGCUGUUGCGGCAGCAGCAGCUGCUGCAGCAGAAGCAGCACAAGCAGCACAAGCAGCAGAAGCUGCUGCUGCUGUUGCUUCUGCUGAAGCUGGAGACGAUACAGACGGCUUCGGCCCCGUAAUGGAAUACAAAAUAGCACCCCGCAUAGACCAGACGAAGGUGUAUGAGGCGGUUACUGCGAGUUUAGUAGAAGGAGACACCAUCGGCAUUUUCCCUGAGGGUGGAAGCCACGACCGUACGACGUUGAUGCCUUUAAAAGCAGGUGUAGCUAUAAUGGGUUUGUCAGCUAUGCAGCACGGCGCAGAAGAAGUGUUAAUCGUCCCCGUCGGCCUCACUUAUCAUAAUCCGCAUAAAAUGCAGUCCAGAGCCAGCGUACAUAUCGGAGACCCUGUGCCGGUAUAA